AUGUUUAAACGAAUUCGCAAAGGCUUCGUAUUAGUUGCGUUAGUAUUGCUUUCGGCAUCGGUGGUUAAAGGUGUAACAGAAAACGUUCCAGAAUCGUGUACAACGGAUUGUGGUUACGAUGCGCUCUCUGAUAAGUUGGAAUAUCUACAGUAUAAGCUGAUCGAGCUGGAGUUCGCAAUGAAGGAGGAUCGAGAGUCAACCAGCCAGCAGAUUGCACACCAGGCAACCCUCUCCGCUGGAAUGCUGUUUGCAUUAAACCAACUUAGCCAGUCGUUAGGCCACAAUCUUACGGUGUUGCAGACUCAAACGAGCCAAAUACUCACGCAGCAGGUGGCUUGCGCCAAUCACGACCAGAUGAGAAAGGAGAUCCAAAUGAUAACACUGAAAAAGGGCAAAUUGCCAGCCAAAAGUCGUUCGACUGUUGAAGUACCAAGCAAAGGUUGCCCGUAUCAAAGCUACCGGUCGUGCAAGGAAGUGCCUGGCCAGCAAUCGGGAAAGUAUCUGUUACAGCCGAGUGACUAUGCUGAACCAUUCAUGGGCUAUUGCGAGCAGACUCGUUUCGGUGGUGGUUGGCUCGUGAUCCAGCGUCACACGAACGGUUCACUGAAUUUCUAUCGCAACUGGGACGAGUAUCGUGAUGGUUUUGGACACAUCGAUCGAGAGUUCUGGAUCGGGUUGGAACGUUUGCAUCAGUUGACCACGGCACGUAUGUACGAGCUUGUGGUGGAGCUGGAAGAUUUUGGCGGAAGCUAUUUGUACGCACAAUAUAAGGAGUUUCAGAUCGGUAAUGAGACGGAACACUAUGCAUUGAAGAAGGUGGGCAAUUACUCCGGUUCGGCGGGUGACUCACUGUCUUCCCACCAGGGAAUGAAGUUUUCGACUGUCGAUCGGGACAAUGAUCACAGACCGGGUGAAAAUUGUGCCGUCUUGAGUGAAGGUGCCUGGUGGUAUAAUAAUUGCCACUAUUCGAAUCUUAACGGGCGGCGUAUGAACAAGAACGACCAAAAGUCGAUGUGUUGGUACCAUUACAAAAACAACUUUGUUGGUAUGGCUUAUUCGAGGAUGAUGAUACGAGAGGUUUAA